CUGAGAACGAGUUAGUUUUGAAUGCAAUUUUCCGGGAAGCCGCACGAGGAUUACGAUGGAGCCAGAUUUAAUACAAAAUUCUCAUGUACAUCACAAUAGUUAUGAGGACACUGACUUCGGACCAAAGUUUAAGAAGUUGAGAAUAACUGACAACGUCAGAGAAUUACAGACUGUGUUACGUGACAAAUCAACAUCACGAGGGGAUUUUAUUUUUUAUGCAGAUCGAUUGAUUCGCCUUGUAGUUGAGGAGGGUCUCAAUCAACUUCCUUACAGAUCAAGCGAGGUCACCACUCCUACAGGACAGGUAUACAGUGGUCUAAGAUAUGAGAAAGGAAAUUGUGGGGUCAGCAUAAUGAGAAGUGGAGAGGCGAUGGAGCAAGGUCUUCGAGACUGUUGUAGGUCGAUACGUAUUGGAAAAAUCCUCAUCCAGAGUGACGAGGACACACACGAGGCCAAGAUUGUAUAUGCCAAACUCCCUCCUGAUAUUGCUGACCGCAAGGUGCUCCUAAUGUACCCCAUCUUGAGUACAGGGAACACUGUAGUAAAGGCCUGUGCAAUACUCACAGACCACAAAGUACCGGAGGAAAAUAUCAUCCUAUUGAAUCUCUUCACAACUCCACAGGCUGUUCGCUUGGUCCAGAAUAAAUAUCCAGAAGUGACCAUCUUGACAUCAGAAGUUCACCCUGUGGCACCUAAUCAUUUUGGACAGAAGUAUUUUGGUACAGAAUAAUGAACGUUGGAAAGCUCAAUAGCUCUCAGUGUGAAUGCUUGGUAAUGAAUAUGUCUUAAGUUUUGGUAUGUCUGUAAAAAAUGAGAACUUAGAAGGAACAAUUUUUUCGUCUGCUUUAAAUCAAUUGUCCAUUUUUUUUCCCCUUCAUUUUUUUUUUCAUGAAUGCCUUUUUGGUUGAUGAAAUAUCUCUUUAAAAAAUCUCAGGAAUAUUUGGCAUUGUUCACCGAGAUUUCCGAUUUGACACAUGUAUGAUUAUAAUUAUGUUCAUGUAUAUUAUAUACAUAUAAUGAAAGGACUAAUGUAAUUUAACAUUUGAUAAUUAAAUUAGAUUUACAUGUAUGAUGAGCAUUUACUGGUGCCAGGAAUUGUGUGAUAAUGUUUUGGUGUUUUUUAAAGUAUUAUUAAAUGUUUAUACAUUAUUUGUUGCAACAAUGUAAACAACAAUGUAAAAUGCACAAAGCCCUUUUUUCCCUUUUAUUAAUGGACUUUUUGUCUUUAUUUUUUGUAAAAAUCUUGACAUAUACAAAGUAUCAUGAUACUAGUUGAUUGUAAAUUGAAACUAGGUGUUUAUUUCUCUCAGUAGUCUCUAGCCGUAUGACUGAGAAUAUGGGUAUGAAUGAGGAUGGAAUAUAAUUACAUGUGUAAUAUGUUGUGUCUGACUCAGUAAAAUUUACUUAUUCCACUAAUUGCAUUAUUGCAAUAACAGUAUAUACUGAGUACAUGUAUAAUCAAAUGACACACCUUAAUCUUGUACUUUACCAAAAUACUGAAAACAAACUUUUUUCCAUGGGGUCAUAAUUCCAUGAAAUCAGAAUUUCUGUUCAAUCUGUGGGUAGAAAAUUAUGCAGAUUUUUCUUGGAAUGUGUUUACAUGUCCUUAAUGCAUUUUAAGUCUGCAUACGUAGUAUAAAUUAAUCCCAUACGGAAAAAAGUACACCUACAGUAAAUGAUCAUACCAACGUAUUUUCAUUUUUUUUCUCUGUAACAUAUACCAAAAUAAAAGAUUAUUUAUCCAAAAAGGUCACAUUGCUUGUAUUAUCAUGAUAAUACAUGGUAAAUAUGAUUUUUGUUUUUGUUGAGUACAUUAUGCAUACUUUUGUAUUUUAUCAGAGCAUUUAUAUAAAACUAGAAUAUGUUUACAUGUAUUAGAAUUGGAAUGUGCAAUUAAAAAUUAACAAUUAUAUUUGCAUUAUGACACAAGGGCUUCAUUUGUGAAAAGAACUCAAUUUUUAACACAUGUAUCAGAGUUAUGGCCUUUGACAUAAAAUAACUGGAACUUAAUUAAUUCUUAUUUGUUUUGUCAUGUAAAUUGUUAAGGAAGAAAAAAAUGGAUGUAUUUAAUAUUUACAAGAUAUUUUCACAAGUUAUAAAAUUGUUAAUUAUGGAGAUGCUGUCUUGAAAGUGAGUCUGUUAUACCUAUCUAGUAAAAAAGCAGUUUACAUUGAUUUGAUAUUAAUAUCUUUAUGUUUAUAGUAAAUGUUGACGUGUACUGGUAUACUGAAAACUGCCACAAUCUAUAGAAAUUUGUUCAUUUCUUGAAAAUACAUAUGUGUAGCUAGAAUUACCUUUACUUGUUCAUUUUGAAUCAGAAUAAAGCAAUUCUGUAUGAAA